AUGCAUCACCGCCCUCUGGUAAUCUCCCUCUUGCAAGCUGGAGCCCUGGCUGCUCCAGCAUUUACUGGAGGCCCCGUAGUUGUCGGCCAGAAUGGCUACACCAGUGCCCCUACCCACGGCCCUUACACUGGGACUCCAACGACCACCGGGGCCGUCACGGCUCCAGGCACACUGGCCCCCUCCAUCGCUCCCCAGCCCCCCAACCCGACUGCCACCUACUACAAUGCCGAGGGAGUGCCUCAAGAUCCCAUGCCAGCGCCCUAUGUCCCCGCGGGAGGCCUGGGAACUAACGGCUCCGAGCCUCGCUACAUGGUCGAGAGCGACUGGGACUUUGAAUCCAUCGCCCUCGGCGUCUACCAAGAGUACAUUGAGCUGGAUCUGUUCCACGAUGGCCUCGCCCGCUUCAGUGACGAGGAUUUCAGAGCCGCCGGACUCGACCCCGAAAUGCGGUCCCUGAUCCAAUUCUUCGCCGAACAGGAGACCGGCCACGCCACCCUGCUCAGCAACAUGCUGGGAGAAGCGGCUCCGAAGCAGUGCGUGUACGACUACCCCUACACGACGGUCCGUGAGUGGCUCGACUUCAACCAGCGCGUCACUCGCUACGGCGAGUCGGGUGUCUGGGGAUUCCUUGCACACUUGGACUCUCGCGAGGUCGCGUCGUUGCUCUCGCUGUCCAUUGCAACCGAGGCCCGCCAGCAGUUUGCCUUCCGCCAAAUGGCAGGUCUCGCCCCCAUCAACGUCUGGUUCGAGAACGGCUGGCCCCAGUCGUGGCAGUGGACCAUGCUCGCGCCCUAUAUUAGCUACUGCCCCGAGGGCACCACGCGCCUAGCGUGGCAGAACUUUCCGACUCUGCGCAUCCUCAACAACCCCAAUAUCAACCGGAUAGUCGCCAACAAUACCCAGCAAGAUGGAAGCGAGCAAGUUGGCGAUCGCAUUACUGAUCCCUCGCGAUUCAAUGUCAGUUCUGGCGACAGCUGCAUCAGCGCACAGGGAGUCGGGGUAAACUGCAGCCCCGCAAUCUCUCGAAACCGCACACAGCCGCUCUCGUAUCCUGGAAAGAGGGUCUUGUUCGAGUGGGAGGCGCCUGGACAAGCGGUUGGCCCGAACAACUCGUACAUCACCUCGACCACCGCGGGCCAGCCCAAGUUCGUGGCAUGGAGUAGCCAGCUAAACCUCACCUACUCGCCAUUGACUGUGACAGAGGGAAACAGAGGGUGGACGACACAGCCGGCGGGAUUCGUCUAUGGGGAUGAUGGUAUAAUCAAUGGGACAAUGGCGGUCAUGUUGACCGACACUGAUCUGUUCGUGACGCCAUUCAACUUGACGCAGCUGAACCCACAUAUUGUCGCGCUUGGACUGUACCAGGCUGGCUGAGUCGAGAUAAAAGUGUUGAUAGGUGUAAUCAAAUUAAUUUGAGAGGUUGAUGAUCU